UGGAGUCUUACUGUAGCAGGUCGAGGCUCCUCUGUCAAAUAGAAGCAAAGAUAUUAUGGCUUAAAAAACGAAGACCUUGUGACUGGAUUAUCUGGACCGGAAUUAAAAUACAGAGCAACCCAGCGUAGGGGUGUAUAGCUGGUUAGCUGUCAACCAUGGAUACCAGCACGUCCCUAAAGAUGACCUCUCUGGCUGUCCAGAGUCUGUUCAGCUAUGUGGACGAGGAGAACCUGGCUGCCAUCAAAGCGCAUUUGGACAUGUUCACGGAUGUGGACAGCAGGAGUGAUAAUGGACAGACUCCCCUCAUGGUGGCAGCAGAGCAGGGCAGUCUGGAAAUAGUGCAGGAGCUCAUUAAGAGAGGAGCCAACGUUAACUUGGACGAUAUUGACUGCUGGACGGCGCUGAUCUCGGCAGCUAAGGAGGGACACAUCGAGGUGGUGAGGGACUUGCUGGAGAACAAUGCUAACCUUGAGCACAGAGACAUGGGAGGCUGGACUGCUCUCAUGUGGGCAGCCUAUAAAGGUCGUACAGAUGUGGCCCAGCUGCUUUUGGAAAAAGGAUCCAACCCUAACAUCACUGGACAGUACAGCGUCUACCCCAUUAUCUGGGCGGCAGGUCGAGGCCACGCAGAGAUUGUCCGUCUCCUGCUGGAGCACGGAGCCAAGGUCAAUUGCUCAGACAAGUAUGGCACCACUCCUUUGAUCUGGGCAGCCCGGAAGGGCCACUAUGACUGUGUGAUGCACCUCUUGGCCAAUGGAGCUGAUGUAGACCAGGAAGGAGCAAACUCAAUGACGGCUCUGAUCGUAGCCGUGAAAGGCGGCUACACAGAGGUCGUCAAAGAGCUGCUGAAGAGGAACCCAAACGUUAACAAGACAGACAAAGACCACAACACAGCCCUUACCAUCGCUGCCAAGGAGGGACACACAGAAAUUGUGCAGGACCUGCUUGACGCCGGAACCUACGUCAAUGUUCCAGACAGGAGUGGGGAAACAAUGCUGAUAGGAGCAGUUAGAGGAGGUCAUGUGGAGAUAGUGCGAGCUCUGUUGAACAAAUAUGCUGAUAUUGACGCCAGGGGCCAGGAUGGAAAGACUGCCCUCUACUGGGCAGUGGAGAAAGGUAAUGCUACCAUGGUGAGAGACAUUCUGCAGUGCAACCCCGACACCGAGAGCGCCACCAAGGAGGGAGAGACGCCGCUUAUCAAAGCAACGAAAAUGAGGAGCAUAGAGAUCGUGGAACUGUUACUGGAUAAAGGAGCCAAGGUGUCUGCAGUGGACAAGAAAGGAGACACGCCUCUCCACAUCGCCAUUCGAGGGCGUAGCCGAAAGUUGGCCGAGCUGCUGCUGAGGAACCCGAAAGAUGGCCGCCUGUUGUACCGUCCCAACAAAGCUGGAGAAACACCGUACAACAUCGAUUGCACCCACCAGAAAAGCAUCCUGACGCAGAUAUUUGGAGCGAAGCACCUGUCCCCCACUGAGUCUGAUGGAGACAUGUUGGGUUAUGACCUGUAUAGCAGCGCUUUAGCAGACAUCCUUAGUGAGCCCACGAUGCAGCCGCCUAUCUGCGUUGGCCUAUAUGCUCAGUGGGGCAGUGGCAAGUCUUUCCUUCUUAAGAAGCUGGAGGAUGAGAUGAAGACAUUUGCAGGCCAGCAGAUAGAGCCAUUGUUCCAGUUCUCAUGGCUGGUAGUCUUCCUCACCCUGCUGCUCUGCGGCUCAUUGGCCGUCGUUCUGGGCUUUACUGUUAAUCCCAAACUGGCGAUCGCGGUCUCGCUCAGCCUCCUCGCCCUGCUCUACAUCUUUUUCGUAUUGGUGUACUUCGGAAGCCGGCGUGAGAGGGAAAGCUGGAACUGGGCAUGGGUCAUCAGCACCCGGCUCGCUCGUCAUGUCGGUUACCUGGAGCUGCUGCUCAAACUGAUGUUUGUCAACCCUCGUGAACUCCCUGAGCAGACCACCCGCGCCCUUCCUGUCAGGUUCUUGUUUACUGAUUAUAAUCGCCUGUCUAGUGUUGGAGGAGAGACGUCAAUGGCUGAAAUGAUUGCAACGCUGUCAGAUGCCUGCGAGAGGGAGUUUGGCUUCUUAGCCACCCGGCUGUUUAGGGUUUUCAAGAGUGAUGAGAUCCAAGGUCAAAAAUGGAAGAAAACAUGUUGUGUUCCCUCAUUUGUACUCUUUGCAUUGACGCUAGGGUGCUUGAUCACUGGUGUGGCACUGUUGUCUAUUUUUAAGGUGGACCCUAGGAAUCUGACAGUAAAUGCAGUGCUGAUUGCGAUGGCUAGCAUGGUUGGCCUGGCCCUGCUGCUCAACUGUAAGACCUGGUGGCAGGUGGCUGACUCUGUCCUCAACUCCCAGAGGAAACGCCUGCACAGUGCUGCCAACAACUUGCAUAGACUCAAGAGUGAAGGGUUUAUGAAGGUUCUGAAACAUGAAGUGGAGCUGAUGUCAAAAAUGGCCAAAACUAUCGAUGGCUUUACCCAGAACCAGACACGCAUGGCGGUUAUCAUUGAUGGGCUAGAUGCUUGCGAGCAGGACAAAGUGCUGCAGAUGCUGGACACGGUAAGGGUCCUCUUUUCUAAAGGCCCUUUUAUCUCCAUUUUUGCCAGUGACCCCCAUAUUAUCAUCAAAGCUAUCAACCAAAACCUCAACAGUGUGCUAAGAGACUCAAACAUCAAUGGACACGACUACAUGAGAAACAUUGUCCACUUGCCCGUGUUCCUCAACAGCAGAGGAUUUAACACAGCUAAAAAGAUGAGCAUGGCAGCACCCACCAACGGGGAGCCACUGUCUGGUGAAGGAUGGCAUGAAGACACGGACAAGAAGAUGUCUCAAAGCAGCCUGGCUCAAGACCAGGCCAAACUUGGCAGCAAGAACGCCUUAAACCGCAGGGACACAUACCGACGGCGCCAGAUGCAGAGGACCCUCACCAGACAGAUGUCCUUCGACCUGACCAAGCUGCUGGUGACCGAGGACUGGUUCUGUGACAUCAGCCCACAGACCAUGAGGAGGCUGCUCAACAUUGUUUCUAUUACAGGUCGUCUGUUACGCGCCAAUCACAUCAUCUUCAACUGGGAUCGACUGGCGUCAUGGAUAAACCUGACAGAAGAGUGGCCUUACAGGACAUCAUGGAUCAUCCUGUACUUGGAAGAGGCUGAUGGGAUGUCUGAUCAGGUUACUCUCAAGACCAUCUAUGAGAGAAUCUCCAAGAACAUCCCGACCACAAAGGACGUGGAGCCUCUGCUGGAGAUCGACGGAGACAUCCGCAGCUUUGAAGUGUUCCUCUCCUCCAGGACGCCUGUUCUUACUGCCAGAGAUGUGGAGAUGUUUCUGCCCUGCACUGUUAACUUGGACCCCAAAUUGCGGGAGAUCAUAGCAGAUGUGCGUGCGGCCAGGGAGCAGAUGCACAUCGGAGGAGUGACCUAUCCCACACUGCCCCUCCAAGAGGCAGCGGCCCGUCCCCAGUCAGUUUACACCCAACACUCUGCCGCCUGCUCCCCAGCAGGCUCCUUCACCGGAUCCCUGCCUCCUCAGCCACACAGUGCCUACUUCAGUGGAAUGACUGGCCCUCAGCACCCUUUCUACAACCGGCCUUAUUUCCCCCAUCACGUGUAUCACCUGCCACGGCAUUUCUCCCACCAUGUCCCCUCAUCCUCGCGUCCUUCCAUUAAACCACCUGGUCAACCGCAAGACACCAGUGGACUUGACAUUAUUGCAGAGGAUGCCAGCGAAGCCUUCCACACAAGCCCCAUUGACCCCACAAUGGGCUCUCCCGCCAUCUUGCUCAGCUCUUUGAACACAGACGCAGUGUGCGAGCGUCUCAGGCAGCUAGAAGGAAUCGACCCCACCAUGCUGCCUCAGUACACCUCCACCAUUAAGAAGGCCAAUAUAAAUGGUCGGGUGCUCACGCAUUGCAACCUAGAUGAGCUGAAGAAAGAGAUGGAGAUGAACUUUGGUGACUGGCAGCUCUUCAGAGGAAUGGUCAUAGAACAGCGGCAUGCUGAAAGCCAGGCAGCACUUCAGGAUGAGUCCCGAGCUGCUAGCGAGCAGGGCAGCAGCGUGCACCUCGGGGAGCCCAGCAGACGCUCAGGGGGAGCCCAGCGCGAAACAGCCGCCUUCAGCCUCAACCUCAGCUUUGAGGAACUCAGCGGCGUGGGUCUGGAGGAGCCUGUGAGACGCAGCAACAACUCACACUGGCCGGUGGCAAAUCACCGCACUUCAAGCAUGUCUAGCCUGAAUUCCCAGGAAUCCUCUAAUGACAUCUGCAAGCUGACAGACAAGCAGCAGGCUGAGUAUCAUGAUGCCUACAGGGAGUACAUCGCUCAGAUGGCCCAGCUGGAGAUGUCCGGCAGUGGGGGAGAGAGGCCUGUUCAGCCCCACCCUGGACAAUUCCUUCAGGCUGCCAGCUCAGAGGACAAAGGGGCCAAGGAAGGAUCUGAUCAAGACAGCCGCAAGUCUUUCACCAAGAGAAGCUCCAAGAAUUCUGAUGCCACAGACUUUGCCUCAGGGACCGAUGGAUUAGACCCCAUCAGCGAAGAGGAUGAAAAGCUGGAUCACAGCUCGUCCUCCAGGACUCCAGGCUCCAAGAAGAAAGGAGCUGGGUCAUAUUACCACAAGCUGCCCAAUGAUGAAGACUCGGGCCCAGAAGACUCUGACAACACCACACCUCUCCUCCAUAAAGAGGCAAAAUUUGGUGCUCUGUCUUCCCACAGCUCCAAGCCAACUGGGCUGCUUGCCAAGCCUGGCUUCCUCACCGAAAUCCUCAUCGAUAAGAAGGACUCGUCCGAUUCGGGGAUGCGCUCCAGUGAAAGCUCCUCAGACCCAUCCCUGGAAGAGGCUGAAGGAGAGACUGGCAGACAGAGAGAUGCACUGAAGCCCAGUCUGAUUGAACUGGAGCUGGAGGGCUUGGUGAAGAAGAGAGGCCCCCUACCCAGCAGCCUGAGCGGCCUGCAGGAUGCCACAUUGGCCCGCAUGUCCAUCUGCUCCGAAGCUCCAUCUGAGGCCAGCCUUAUGGCCAGCAGCCCAGAUGAGGGGUGGCCAUCCAGCGGGGUCAGCAACCUCAACCACAGCGCCAGCAACACCACCCUUAAUAACAACACAAGCAGCCCCAGCGACACCAACACUAACACCAACAACAGCCAUCAGCAGCAGGCUACCAUCACAGGCACAGAGUCCGCCUGCUCCAACAUCAUCUCCCCAGAUGUCAUCAUCAUCCCCGGCAGCAGCACUGCCAACACCACGGCAGCCACCAUCCACCACAACCAGAACCUGCGAACCAUCAGCCUUGGCGACGAGAGGGAGAGCGUCCUCUAAGAAGCCACGUGUUUGUUACACUAAGAAGGGUCAUGCGGAGUGUGGUUCUUGAUGUUUGUAUUGUGUUGCGAUGAACUAGCGUAGAUGAGUGUUGUGUUGUUAAGGACAAAGUCAAAGAAGAGUUGUAAGGUUUAAUAAAGCAACCACCUUGAUUUUUGAAAAGGAUAAAUCUGAUAGUUGAUGGUUAAAUACCAAAAAAUGUUUGUAAGGUCUGUUUGUUUGUCCCGUGUGUUUUUGUCGUUAGUUUGGAUUUGCUGUGUGUAUCGACGGUAAUGUUACAGUAAAAAAUAAAACAAAAUAAAGUGUUGCUUAUAGAACAGUAGCCAUGACUGUGAAGAGAAAACAAGUCUAGUGUUUCUGAGGCAUUCGGCCUUCAAAGCAUGUUGUGAGGUUGCUAGAAUAUUUCAGGUAGAACAAAGUGUAGACACUUGUGCUGUUUUCUGUGUGAUAGAAAUGCAUGAACUAGACUGCAAAGCGUCACAUGUAAGUGUGUUUUGUGAAUCAAUAAACAUCCUCAGUAUGUGGACUCUUGAAAUCA